AUGAAGGAAGUAGUAAAUAAGGAAGUGAUCAAAUGGCUGGAUGCGGGUAUCAUCUUCCCCAUCUCUGACAAUAACUGGGUCAGUCCUGUCCAAUGUGUGCUGAAAAAGGGAGGAAUGACGGUCGUACAAAAUGAGAAUAACGAGUUGAUCUCGACUCGUACUGUCACGGGGUGGCGGAUUUGCAUGGACUAUCGAAAACUGAACACAUCCACUCGAAAGGACCUUUUCACAUUGCCUUUCAUUGACCAAAUGUUAGACAGGUUAGCUGGGCGGUCCCACUUUUGUUUCUUGGAUGGAUACUCGGGGUAUAACCAAAUCUCAAUAGCCCCGGAAGACAGAGAGAAAACAUCCUUCACUUGUCCAUAUGGCAUCUUUGCCUUUCAGAGAAUGCCCUUUGGACUUUGCAAUGCACCGACUACAUUCUAG